AUUUCACAUCAAUCAGGAUUUCUUUCUCAUUUAUGUAUUCUCGGAAGAAAAGAAGAAAAAGAAAAAAAAUUGUUUCAUUUUCUUGUUGCUUCCUGUCUCCCCUGUCAAACAUUUGCGGUUCCUGCUGCUGCUGAGUUGGGGUAUACGGGUAGAAAGAUAUGGGGGCAGGUUAUCGUAUAUGUAUAGUUCCAGGCAUAGUCGGUUCAGAUAAAGGAGGAUUAUUUUAUGAACAUUUAGAAGACUUCACGAGUUUUGGUCCUCUACCAAGUAUUUGCUUGCAAAUUAGUAUACUUUCUUUUGUACCCCAUCUCAUGCAUAUGGCAUUGUCACGGUUCCACCAACCCUUGCUUGUUUCUCAAAUACUGGGAGGGAUACUUGUUAGCCCAUGGGUUCUUAGUUCUCGGUCGAUAAAAUUGUCAUCUCAAAGCACCGUUGGAAUUAAUUAUUUCAUAUUCCCUCGAGAUGGACUUCAAGUAGUAGACAUGCUUGCUCAUUUCAGUUCCAUGUUUUUUAUAUUUAAAGUUGGAGUUCAAAUGGAUCCCAAAAUAUUAAAGAGAGCUGGGCGGCGACCAUUCAUCAUCGGAUUCUUUUGUAUGGCUUGCUCUUAUGUAUCUGGACUUCAAAUUGCCGAUAGACUCCGAAACGAGGAUAUGCCGGCACUAAAGUUACUCCUUAAGAGCUCUGGUAGAGUAGUAGAUGUGUUCGGCAUGGUUUCCUUCCCUGUCAUCGCUUAUGUACUCGAUGAUCUUAAAAUUCUUAACUCCGACCUAGGUAAUUCAGCGAUUCAUAUAGCAAUGGUUGCUGAUUUUCUUCAGAUGGGUUUAAAAUUCUGGAGCAUUUUCCGCCAAAUAAUCAGAAAUGGAAAACAAGCAUACUCACUACCUGCAGUAUUAAUUUUAUUGGGGAUAGGGAUGGUGAUUUAUAUAUUUUUUAUUGUGCGGCCGACAGCGUUAUGGAUUGUAAAGAAUACACCUGAAGGGAGACCUGUAGAUGAUAUUUACAUUACCUGGAUAAUGAUUUCAGUUCUGCUGUGUGGAUUAGCUAGUGAAUAUUGUGGAUUGAAUGGUACAGUUGGGGUUUUCUUACUUGGUUUGGCUAUACCUGAUGGGCCACCUUUAGGAUCGGCUCUAGUUAAGAAGCUACGCAUUGUUUCUGUAUUUUUCAUGCCUCUUCAUAUGGGUAUCGUUGGAUAUAAGACGGACAUUCACAAAGUUACUUUCGUAUAUGUAUGGCGUGUUUUACUGAUCAUUCUCAGUUGUAUCCUUGGAAAGAUUAUCGGACUUUUCAUCCCAGCUGUGCUUCUUGGAGUCUCUCCGCUAGAUAGUUUCUUGCUUGGACUUAUUAUGAACAUUAAAGGCAUUGUCGAGGUUUCCAGACUUAACACUUGGUUAGAUUCACUAAAUACCAAAGAAUUUUUUACUGCAUCAAAUACAAUCAUGGUUCUCUCACUUGUAGUGCUAGUAGCUGUUAUUACACCCGCGGUGAAAUACUUGUAUGACCCUUCAUCGAAAUACUUAACCUACAAAGGAAGGUCAAUUUUGCAGUCGAAUAAAAACAACUCAGAUUUUCGAGUACUUGUAUGUGUUCACACCCAAGAUGAUGUUCCAGGCAUUAUAAGAAUCAUUAAAGCCUCCAAUCCUACCGAACUCCACCCACUCACCAUUUACCUCCUCCAUCUCGUUGAGCUUGUGGGUCGUGCUUCUCCUCUCCUUAUAUCCCACACUUUGAAGGAGCGUGCUUCCACAUCAAACCCUACCAAAUCGGAAAGGAUAAUCAAUGUUUUCAAACAAUUCCAAAACCGAUUCCAGAACCUUAUUACGGUUCAUCCUUUCACAACUAUCUCUCCGUAUGCUUCAAUGCACAACGAUAUAUGCACCAUGUCAGUCGACAAGAGGGCUGCUCUCGUUAUCUUCCCUUUCUGCAGGCCAGAUGCAAGUCUGGGAGGUGAUCUGGACAGAUCAAAUAUUUCCAACCGUGCAAUGAAAACCCUUCUUCAAAAUCUGUUGCAGAACACCCCAUGCUCAGUCGGGAUCUUAAUGGAUGGUAGUAAUCUCCAAACAAAAUCUACUUUCUUCUUGCCGGACACUCCUUAUCGCGUGGUUGUACUUUUUUUUGGUGGCCCGGAUGAUCGAGAAGCAUUGGCUUUUGCAAUGAAUAUGAUUCAUCAUCCGUACGUCUUUGUUACUCUUGUUAGGUUUUAUGGUCCUGCAAGUCUAUCAUCGGACGGAGUUAUUGACUAUUACAAUGAAUCGGUUAGGAUUGAUAUUGAGAGGCACAUGUUUCUUGAUGAUGAAUUAGUAGACCAUUUCAGGGUUAACACCAUGCAUGAUGAAACAUUGAUAUACAAAGAAGUAGAGGUAAAAGAUGGUGCAGACACAAUAUGGGCAGUCCGAUCACUUCACCAAGAUUUUGAUCUUAUGCUUGUAGGAAGACAACAAAUAGCUGAUUCAAAAAUAAUUUCAGGAAAUGCAAAUUGGGAUGAAUGUGGAGAGCUAGGAGCUAUCGGAGAGUUGGUAACAUCUCCUGAUUAUGGUGCUGAGGGCUCAAUCUUAAUAAUUCACCGACGGUGGAGAUAUUAGUUAAUCAUGGGAACAUAAUGGUACUCUCUUACUGAUCUCCAAUUUCAGAUUCAUGUACACCGUAUUACACGACAUCCCACAUAAAUGUUAAUGGGGUGACAAGAGUAGUCUAGCUAUAGAGGUACGUGAGUACCAUGUUAUGAAUGUAAUUAUACAACUGUUUCUCUUUAGGCUGUGUGUUUUCUUUAGAUGUAAUUAUACUGACAAACAAAUGUUUCUCGUUCAUGGGUUACUCUUUAUCAUUUGUUGUUGCUAGAAUAAAGAAACAGGCGUCGCAUCCAGAUCCAACUUCCAAAAUCCAUGCAAUGUUCCUUGUUUUUCAUCAGUCAACAGGAACUUAGGCAUUUGGUGGGAGAAUUUAAAGAAUUCACAGCGUGGUAUCUCCAGUAGUUUUCACGCCCUACUUUAAUCUGACCCUUAAAAACCGUCGUAUAACCAGAAACCUUCUCCAAAACAAGCACCUUGAUUGUGCCGGCCGUUCACCUUUACAACUUCCCGUACGUCAUACGGGCACUUUUGGAGGUCAGAAGAGGACAAUUCUGGACUGCAUUACCUAUAUACUGCCCACAAUUCGCCUUCUCUUGGAUGGAUCUCAUACUUGUUUCUAUUCCUAGCGACUGGUCCCAUUGCAAGAUGAGAGAAACGAGCAAUUUCAUCAAACUCCGUUAUCUCACCAGUCAAACCUUAAAGAAGAAGGAACAACAAAUAAGAAAACCAAAAUGAGUGAAGGGACAACGUAAACUUACUUGAAGAACACCUAUUGGUCGUCUUGAGGGACAAAGUAAACUUACAUUAUGUUUAUUAAUCUAUAUGCUUCAUGGAAAUGAGUAAAAAUUGAGAAACAGAAGUUGCAGAACAAGAUUUUGUAAACACAAAAGUUGUAUAAUGGAGCAAAGUUUAGGAGGAGCUUACAGUUGGAAUCUUCCGUGUCUGAUAAUAAUCAGAUGACUGAGUUUUACUUGGCUAGCGAUUUCAUCCAUAAUAUAGCAAAAGAUUGUCCAGUA